AUGGAAUAUAAAAAUGCCUCGGAAGAAGGAAAGCAAUUGAUUGAAGAUAAAUAUAAAACUCACUUGACUGAAAAAGACUUAAGUCGAAAAGAGAGAGAAAAAGACAAAGAAGAAAAUAAAUUAAUUGUUUCCUUUGAUCUCCAAGCGACUCUACCCUGCCCUCUUGGCAAUGCCUCCUCUUUCUAUUAUACCUCUAAGCUAAAUGUGUACAAUUUGACUUUUGUCAGCUCAACAAAAAAUGAUGUAGUUUGUUAUAUUUGGCAUGAGGGUGAGGCAAAUAGGGGGGCUAAUGAAAUCGGCUCAUGUGUCUGGCAUUAUCUUAAUGGACUAAAGAAAAAGGCAUUAAUUGAAGAAAAUAAAAUGGUUGAUGUAACAUUUUAUACAGACAAUUGCUCUGGACAAAACAAAAACAAAUUUUUAUAUGCGUUAUACCUUUCCGCUGUAUCAGUAUUGCCCCACAUCAACUCAAUAAUGCAUAAGUAUUUGAUAAGGGGACAUACACAAAAUGAUGCAGAAAAUGUGCACUCUGUAAUCGAAAAACAAAUUUCCAGAUAUAAAAAGGCGGCCGCUAUCUACGCUCCUGAUCAGUAUGUGACAUUGAUACGACAAGCAAAAAAAACUGGGCAACCCUAUGUAGUGGAAGAAUUGAGUCAUGGCGAUUUCAAAGACCUGAAGGAUUUAUCUGAGCAGAUGGCAGUUAAAGAAUUAUACAAAAAUGAAAAUGGCGAUCUAGUGAAAACUUCAGACAUUAAAGUUUUUGAAGUACGUAAAAAGGAAAUGGGAUGCUUUUUUUAUAAGACUUCCUACAAAGAUUGCAUCAUAUUUUCGAGUAAAUGUAUUUUCUAG